GCGGAUUGUUUGCCCAUCAGAGGUGAGGUGUUACCCUCCAAAGUUGACAGUCCCCUGACUUCAGGUGUUGCUGUGGCACCCUUCCAGACAGAAGUGGAGUCAUCUUUAGUCUGGGUUUUAACUCGCUCCCUGCCUGAGAGCAGAGCCAGGUGAAGUAUUUUUGUCUCUGAACAAGAAUGGUUUCUAUUCUUGAAUUCAGUAGCUUAAAAAAAAAAAUUGUUCACAAAAGUAGGUAGAAGCACAGUUUGGAUUCAACCCAAACUGAAAUUUGGCCCAUUUAAAGAAGGCGGCUCAUGACGAGUGCUGGAGGCCAGUGACUGACUGUCGGGAUGGAGGGAGUCAGGGCUCAGAACUCCAGCACGGCUUGUUCCGUGUUCACCUCCAAAAGGGACAAGAUGUACUUCAUGCAGACUUUGUAGCAAUCUUAUUUUUUCUAUUUAAGGAAAAGUUUGGUAGCUUUUCUUGGUUAGUGUGAAGUUGAUGGAGCAGACAUGGCCCAGUUCCACUGUAGUAUCAGCUGGAUAACUUCUGCAUUCCUUCCCAGCAGAAAUGACACACUGGAUCAGCACUUGAAUACAAACCUAACUUGAACCUGUCAGGACAAUGGCCACAUGUGGUUAAAUUGAAAAUGCAUUCCUCAGUCACAGUAGUCAUGGUCCCAGUGCUAGACACAGUGCUGGAUUGCACAGGACAGUGCAGCCUGGUGCAUUUCCACAAGGCAUGGGUUCUCUUGCACAACACUGGUCUGAACUGUCACGCAGACAAACAGAGCUGUGACAUCGUGUUUUAAGCAUCCAGGAAGACAUUAAGGAACUGUGCUGAGUUAGGUAGAGCAUAUGCAGUUCUAUUAUUCUACUGGUUUGAUCCACAGACAGAGUCACAUGAUUUGCUCUAAUAUAUUAGAACCUUGAUUAACACAACUAAGCCUGACUGUCUUUUCUGACCUUGAACAAGCUCCUGCAAAUCCAGGCUCUUCUGCUUAGAAGGGAGACUCUUUGACAGUGGCACUCAGGUCUUGGCCUCUCCAUGGGCAACUGUAAUGACUUACACAGUACAGACUCAGGGGAUCUGACACUGUCCCAUCAGGUGACACAGCGGCACACUGGACUGCUGUGUUGGGAGAGCGACUUUUAAGGCAGGCAGUGCUGUUGGCAGACAAGGGAGUCCAUCAUCUCUGGGAAUUUUUGUGGUGGUUUUAUUGCUCGAUUUUACUUGACAGUGUGUGAGUGGCACCAUGAGGACUUUUUGAGAAAGUGACCGCACCCAUUUGCAUUGUGCGUCUGAACAUCGUGAUGUAAAUGUGCCUAUUUCUACUGCGCCUCUUACAAGCUUGCCUUUCUGUGUUAAGGCUUUCUCCACAUCACACAUUCUAGCCUGCAUGUAGCUUUUUGCUCAGAGCUCAUGCUCAGGCAGGGCCUCAUGCAUCCCCUGUCCCAUCAGCCCCUGGGAACAGGAAACUCCAAGUCCUCCCACACAGGUGGGGACAAACAGUUUGUGGCAACACAAGUCUCUCUCCAUGGUGGAGAAACCUAUGCUUAUCCACUGUAUUCUACUCAGUGUGUAGUGACGACAGAUGAUGCAAUUAAACCAGUCACGUGUGCUGGCCCUGGUUGUCCUGUGUCUCAGCUGUGGAACCUACUCAGCGAUUCCUUAGAGCCAGCCUUUCCCUUCUUCGGUUUAAUGUAUGUGUCUUUACCCACUGUAACCUCACGUCUCUAAACCCUCUCAGGCCCUUCUGCUGCUGAAGUCAGCUCUUGCUCAAGCUCUGGAAAGGCUCAGGCAAGAGCUGUUAUCACAGCCAGAACAGAAUUCCCCCGUGGCUAGGGGCAGCCCUGAGAAGAUGCCACAGCACAGGAUGAAGGGGGCACAUGUGACUGACGGGCACCACUGGGCAGUAGCCGCCAGAUGAAGGGUGGCUGUGCCAAGCUCGUCUGCCAUUAAGACUAGUAGUCCGUCCAGUGCCAAGGACAUCACUGUGCUCAGGACUCCUUUGUUCUGCUGUGAUCACAUCCUAGUCCUGCUUCAGCAGCCGAGCUGCUAGGUGCACAGUGCAUUAAAGGUCUCUCCUCUUUGCUGUUACUCCUGAGAAGUGGCACAACAGCAGGCGGCAGGGUGGUCCUGUAGCCUACAUCGGCAGGAGGCAAGGUGGGUGGCCAUUAAAGGUUCAGUGAAAGUCCUUUCAGGGAAGCUGCUGCUGUCUGUGUUUCUCGUGGUGUUGCAUUAAGAGCAGCUUCGUUAGUUCCAGAUCUGCAGUACAGCAGUGCCUGCCCUCCACUGUGCACUACACUAACACGCCACCCUACAAAGUAGCAGGGCAGCCGGGAGGGGCAUGCAUCUAAACCCACCAGACUUGCAGUUUACUCCAAGUCAGCUACACUUCUCUUGCAUUCAAAAAUAGAAACUGAAAAAGAGCUGCCUCUGCCCAUCCUCACAUUUUGGGAAAUACUGAGACAGAUAAUGAAACCAUGCAGAUUUACACACACACCCCACACCCGCCUGCUCAUGUACAAAACACUGCAGCUGAAUCUUCUAUGAAAGAGUUAAGGGUAAAAAUGGAGACAUCUGGGCCGAGAAAUCCUUUGCCCAGUAAGGGCAUUGGGAUUUGAAGAUAGCUCAGCCUUGACUGGAAGCCAUCAAUCUCCUGAGAUAAAGAAAAGAAGCCUGACCCUUGGAUUCCAUUCACAGCUCGGAAUGUGUCACAUCCCUUAGCUCAGUGGAUAGAACUUGCCUCUUCCUAGCAAGGGCAAGCAAAGGAGCCACACAGACAGACACACUGUGAGAUCCAACAGUUAACAUUCACUACCGCCUGCCAGGGAGAGAGACUGGCAGCCCAGGAGGGCUGUUGUGGCCAAUCACCUCCAGUGAAAACACCUUGAAGAGCCAAGCGCCCUGUGCGCAACACUACUGUCAGCUCAGAGGGAAAAAGAAAAACCUUUUAAGGAAACUUUAACUUCAGUGGGCUGCUCUUCUGCCAGACUUUCAGGCCCUCUGAACAUAAGCCGAACCACAGAUGUGUCUGCGUUGUAAGUCUGGAUGCUGACACCCGCCCUCCCUACCCGGAGCUUCAGCACCAGUUGUUAGCCAAAAAUAAACACCAUUCCUCAACCAUAUAUGUCCACCAGUCGUGAUCUGGGGAGGGAGCAGGAGGCAGGUCAGACCCUUGCCGGCCACACUCCCUCCGUGGCCGCCACUCACCAUGCACAUAACGCAGCUCAAUCGGGAGUGCCUGCUGUGCCUCUUCUCCUUCCUGGACAAGGACAGCAGGAAGAGCCUCUCCAGGACCUGCGCCCAGCUCCGGGAGGUGUUUGAGGACCCCACCCUCUGGCCCCUGCUGCACUUCCAUUCCCUCGCAGAGCUCAAGAAGGACAACUUCCGGCUGGGCCCCGCCCUGCGCAGCCUGUCCAUCUGUUGGCAUUCCAGCCGUGUGCAGGUGUGCAGCAUCGAGGACUGGCUCAAGAGUGCCUUCCAGAGGAGCGUCUGCAGCCAGCACGAGAACCUGGUCAACGAGUUCCUUCUGCAGGUGUGCGACAGGUGCCCCAACCUGGCGUCCGUCACGCUCUCGGGCUGCGGCCACGUCACCGACGACUGUCUGGCGCGCCUGUUGCUCAGCUGCCCGCGCCUGCGCACGCUGCGCCUCGAGAACUGCGCGCGCGUCACCAACCGCACUCUGGCGGCCGUGGCCGCGCACGGGCGCGCGCUGCAGACGCUGCACGUGGACUUCUGCCGCAACGUGAGCGCCGCUGGCCUGCUUCGCCUGCGCGCCGCCUGCCCGAGCCUGACCCUGAGCGCCGAGCACAGUGCGGCCAUGAUCCCCGACCAGCCGCCGCGCGCCCGCGCCUGCGCGGCCUCGGUGUUUCCGGCUGCACCGGGGGGACUGUGCCUACCUCACCCCACCAGUUCCUGUGGAGGACGCGCACGCGAUUAAACGAGCGGAUGCUUGGAAAACA